CGGCCUGUGGCACGCGCCAUUCCCGCGAAGGCCGGCGCUCUGACGCCACCUCAAGCUCAUUACAUCCUUCUAACAGCUCUUGCUAACAAGUUACGUGAUCUCAUCUCCAAAAACCACACCUAAUUAAAAACAAAUAGUUGUAACAUGUGAAAAAUCAAAAUCAUCAAUCAAAAUGAGUUCCAUCGGCGUCGUUGUCUUCCGCAACUCGCCACUCAAAGCGCAGGUGCUUCAAGAAUCCGUGAAUAAUACCGUGAACAUAAGCAAUAACGACGUGAACAACGUUAGACGUGAAAUUAUUAUAGUGCGAAAAAAACAAAAGGUGCAGUCGCCACCGAAUACAGUUUCAGUGUCUUCUUUAGUGCGUGUGCUUGAACCCUCUAAUCCGAAUACAUCAGCAAAACGACCGAGACUCCGAGAAAGUGCUCCAGAUGAUGCUGCGAGGAGCCCUACACCGCUAGCAGUGGCACGACGAAAUGCGCGGGAAAGGAACCGAGUCCGUCAAGUCAACGACGGAUUCUCUGCCUUACGUCGCCAUAUACCCGAUGAAGUUGCUGCAGCUUUUGAAAAUGCCAACUCCAACAGAGGACCAAAUAAAAAGCUCAGCAAAGUGGAAACUCUACGCAUGGCUGUCGAAUAUAUUCGAAAUCUAGAAAGCCUCCUUAAUAUUGGACACGCUGAUAAAGAGAACUCAUCUCGCCCUUCCAUGGAAUCGUUUCCUUCUCCAGCUUCGUCGUCGCCAAGAGAAAAUAGUCAAGAACGUAGCUAUUAUUCACUUCACUCUCCCGCACUUGACGACGAUGAUAUGGAUGAAGAUGAACUGGACGGACCCUUACAUCGAAUGCCCACACAGCAAUACAUUGAUAUGCAGUCAUCUGAAACGUUUCAAUUAGUUUCUACUCCACAUUUAUAUGAGGAAGACGAUGGUGCAGGACAACCAAUGACGCCUGGUUCUGAUUUAUUAGGACACGAAGAAGUAAAUCCACAUAUUCUCGACGGCCACUUUCCCUUUCCCAAUUCGGCGGAACAAUUCUCAGUAAUCCCCGAACAAAGCUAUUGCAGCGAAACGGAUGUGCCUAUAAGUGAGGGUGACUUUGAAGUGAAGUAUGCGGAAACUAUUCAUCAACAGAUUCACUCUAACUAUGAGGAUUCAGGAUUGCCAUUAGACGCAAUAACCCCGGAUCUAAUUUUGUCACAUAAUCAAUAUAAAUUCAAGGAAGGAUCGGAUAAUUAUCUCGAUGCCCAACAAUACAGUGAAGUGGAACUGAAGAAAGAACUUCCAGACAUCCAAGUCACUCCAGAGGAUCGAGAGCAGUUUGAGGAAACAUUGAAAUGGUGGCAAGAAAAAACUAGACAAGUUCGUUCGAUGUCUAAGAAUAGCCAAUAACUGUGUAUUCUUUAGUGCUUAGGUAAAUUAUUUGAAAACGAUUUAUUGCUAUGUUAAUAUAUUGUAAUUAUUGAAAUAAAACAUACAGCUGUCGUUGCCAAAGAGUGUAUUCGACGCGGGCGCAAGGUGUUCUGUAACGGUCACUCGAUAUUUGUACUUAUACUUGUAUGUGUAACUUAGAAUAAUUUAUGUACUAAAUACGUUUUGAUACUUGCUGCAUGAAUAGUUUUUUAUAUAUUUAUUUCUACUAUUUUAAUUUAACCUGUAACUUUGUACAUUGUAUUUAAAUUAUAGAAUAAUCGAGAAUAGUUAAAUUAUAAUUUAUUUAAACUGUAAUCAGAGCCGAAUGUAACUUUCAUCGUAAUGUAUGUAAAUAUGUAAUAGGGCACCUAAUGAUACAAAUUAUGUUAACUACUUAAUAUUAAACUGUGCCUUCAUAAAAUAAUGUGAUUUUAGAUAGUAAUAAUUUAAGUUUAAUAAAUUAAAUAAAUGCUUAUAACGACA